AUGGACUUCGAUUUUGAUAAAAAGCUUGCCGAUAUCGAUUUCAGUCAACUUGGGGCUGAGGAUAUCCAUAAAAUGCUCAAAAAGUAUAUCGAUUCGAUUGAACUGCCAAGUAUUACUCCUGAUAUGUUUCUCGCUAUUGUUAAGAAGUUUGUUUAUAGAACGGUAGGUUUUGGUUGCGAAUAUCUUAUAAAAAUAAUUCACAAAGUCAACUUACAGAUGAUCAAUAGAGUGUUCGAAUACGAAUUGAUGUAUAUGGAAAGAAAGUCGUUAGAUGUUCAAAAAGGGAUGGAGUUUUGCAAAGAAUUGUUUGACCAUUCUCCAGAAAUGUCUGAUUAUUUCACAUCACCUGAAGAAUUGAUGCAAGAUAUCUACAGAUUCUUGAAAAUGCCACAAAAUUCAUCAUUUUUGGGAAUGAAAGAUUCUCUUAAUCUUUUGGCUAACUUAUCUGCUAUCAAAUCACAAAAGGAUGUCAAAUUCUUUCCACUUCUAGAUUUUUAUGCAAAAUUCUAUCAAACAAUGAUUGGUGAGAAAGACGACGAUGUAUUUGAGCAAUUAGUGGCAAAAUCGAUUGGAAAUGCAUUGUAUCGAAAAUAUAAAAAUGAUUUUGUGGUUUUGCCAGUCGACUUUCUUUUGGAACGUAUGAAGAAGAGUUUUGAGGAGCAAGAGGGAGCCGAGGUUUUUAUUUUUUUGAGGAAAAAAUGAAUAUGCUAACAAAUUUCAGAUGCCGAAAGAAGAUGUUCCACCAGAAUUUUCUCAACGAACAAUCAGUUUUGAAGAAUGUUUCGAACUUUAUUCAGAGUUUUUCGAUGAAGAAUUUGAUGGAGAAUUGUUGAAAGAGGUCAAAACAGAAUUGAGAAUCUUGAAUUGCGUGAAACCAGUUAGAAAACAUCGUAAUUACUAUUGUCGUAUUUAUGUCAAACUUUAUCAUUGGAAUUGGACUCUCGAAAAACUUUUUGAUCAAAAAGUGUUGGAUGCUGCGAGACUUGCGAAUCCAUUUGUUCGUUUUUGGGAACCAGAAAAAGCUCCAUUCAAAGUUUGUUUUGCAAAAGAAUUGGAAAUCGCAUUGGAAAGUGCAAUGAAGACUCGUUAUAACAAAUCACUUCCAAAAGAUGUCAAAUUAUUCGAAAUUGAAAGCGAAGAAGAUCGAAAAAUUGGAAUUUUGCGAACUGUCGAAUAUCCGGAAUUCAAGAAAAUUUUGAGAGCUCUCAAAUUAACUGUUGAUGAUUUUCAUAUUAUUGAUGAUCAAUUCAAAUCAACAAGCAAGUUAACCGAAAUUCCAGUAAUUACACCGUAUGGAACAUAUUGUAAAUUUGCGAGAGAUUCACUUAAAGACAUUUUCGAUCAAGUUUCUUGUGGAAUGAAUUUGUUGAAAGCUGUUAGUAAGGAAAAUUAUCCAAAAAUUGUUACAUGGUUUGAGGAAUUGUUUGAUGAUGUUUUCGAUCACAAAAGGGUGGGUGAGACAAAAUAAAACAUUUCGAUUUUUUAGUUUUUCAAAAACGUGACCUCAACAUUUAAUUUCGAAUAAAAACAACACAUUUUCAAAAAUUUAUUUUCAGGAUUAUGUCUAUUUCGUCGAAACAUGGAAAACUGAUGAAAUUAUUGAUAAAGCUUAUCAAGAUCUUCAACAAUAUGCAACCGAGGUAAUUUUUUUUCCGAAAUCUCAAUCUCUAACCACAAGUCUGUUGUUUUCCAGACAGUCUACAAAAUCCCGGAUAAAUUACGAGACAUAGAAUUACCAGACUAUCAAGUUAUCAGCGAGCUUAAAAAAUUCUUUCCAAAUUUUCCAACUCAAGAAUAUAUGGAUCUCGCUAUACGACAAGUUGUUGGAAUGAUUCCAAUGAUGAAAAAACUGAAAAGCGAGACACCAUUUGCAGAACAUAAUUAUGGAAGAGAAAUGCAAUUGUAUUUUGAAUUCGCCAGUUUUUUGGCGUUUACAGCUGAUAAUAUUGUUGUUAGUUUGAUUUUUUAAAAUUAAUUCAUAGAAAUUAUUCGUUUUUGCAGUUCAAAGCAUUCAUAAUGCGUCAAGAAAGAAAAAGAGAUUGA